GCUCAGCUAAUGGGCCUAAAGAGCGAUAAUAGGCCGAAAGAGCAGUGAUAGGCCCAAAGAGACAUAUUUCAAAGAAAUGACCGAUGAUGAGACUCCACCGAGAACAAGCGCCGGCAAUGGAAACCCUUUUCAGAGUCUCACUUCGUCUACUUCCGGUUUCCGCCGCCGUGACAUGUCGCAGGAUCCGAUUCCCCGUUACGAGACCCAAUUCCUCAUACUUGCUGAACCGUAAGCUGAAUAAUCUGCCUUCCUCUUCCUCAUCAUCUUUGUCGACAAAAGCCGGUUGGUUACUGGGUCUGGGGGAGAAGAAGAAGAAAGUGGAAUUGCCGGAGAUAGUGGGAGCUGGAGACCCGGUUCUGCACGAGAAAGCCCGAGAAGUUGACCCGGAAGAAAUCGGGUCAGAGCGUAUUCAGAAGAUAAUUGAUGAUAUGAUUAAAGUUAUGAGAUUGGCUCCAGGAGUUGGCCUCGCUGCUCCUCAGAUUGGUGUUCCCUUAAGGAUUAUUGUGUUGGAAGAUACAAAAGAGUAUAUAAGCUACGCACCAAAGGAUGAGAUUCUUGCUCAAGAUAGGCGUCCCUUUGAUCUCACGGUGAUGGUGAAUCCGGUGCUCAAGGAGAGCAGCAACAAAAAAGCUCUCUUCUUUGAAGGAUGUUUGAGUGUUGAUGGAUUCAGAGCUGCGGUGGAGAGAUACCUUGAGGUGGUCGUGACAGGCUACGAUCGUCAAGGGAAGCGGAUUGAAGUGAAUGCUUCAGGUUGGCAAGCUAGGAUUUUGCAACAUGAGUGUGAUCAUUUGGAUGGUAAUCUUUAUGUUGAUAAGAUGGUACCACGCACUUUUAGGACUGUCGACAACUUGGACUUGCCUCUAGCUGAAGGUUGUCCUAAACUCGGCCCUCAAUGACACUGUCUUCAAGAGAAGUUGUACUCUUAUCUUUUGAUUCUUUACUGAAACUCUCAAAGAUUGAGCUUGACUCGAAUAAUUUUCAAAGGUGAAACUUUGUCGGAAAAGAGAGUUCUUUUUUUUUGUUCUCUUUUCUUAAAAGUUUAGUAACGGAUUAAAGAAGAAUUUCAUUUAAGAAAAUAUUAUAGUACAAUAAAAGCCAGCCUAUCUAUAAAUGGUAAUGUGAUGUCUUGCUGAUCCGGACAUGACACGGUGGCGAAGGCGUGAAUUGCGGCGGUGAAAUGGCCCUCCUCCUCGGCGGGUCCAGUAAAAAUACAUAAUUAGAGAGGCCAAGACUAACAUUAAAUCAAAUCAAUCAACUUAAUCAGAGCCGUCCGUUAUCCAAUCAAUGGAGCAGAUUGAGAUAUCUGUUCAAAGCGAAGAAAGCAUCGAACUUUAUCUUCGUUUACGAUCCGCCGCCUUCUCUGUCAGAUUCGAAGCCUUGUUAAGAAGAAGAUUCAGUGAGCCAUCGGAAGGGACUUGAAGCUGUUUGGAUUCCUUCAUAGAUAAAGUUGUAAUUUUUUUGUUUUCUCGCAGAAGAGAAGAAGGAAAUAAUUGUGGAUCACCAAAUCGGAAAGUUUUGAUAUAUACAGAAAUGGAAAUUGUCGGAAAAGAAAGAAAGAGAGAUAGUAAUUUACAACAAACCAAAGUCUGUUUUGAUCAAAUCGGAAAGUUUUAUAACAGAGCAGCACACACAACAUACAAAAA